UUGAUUAAAAGCAAAAUUAAACUCGCAGCGCUAUCUUACUAAUUUUUAGAACACUAUAACGACUGUUGAUAAUAUCGUCGAUGCAACAGAAUACCGUAGCAUGUUUAUUCGUAGGAGGUUAGAAUUGUUAAAAGUCAAUGUAUGAAUGUAUAAGCUCUAUGAAGCUUGAUGAAGCUGUAUAUUAUUAAUUAAAUAUAAGUCUUCCAUGGCAGUUUUGCAUCGCGCCUUGUUCACCUGGUUCAAUUUGCUAAUAUUUUUGAUCUUGUUGGUCUUGAGACUUGAUCAAAGGAUACAAUGGAAUUGGUUCAUAGUCUUUAUUCCAAUGUGGCUCUAUGAUAACAUUCUUCUUAUUUAUAUUGUUUUUAACAUGAUUUCACACUGCAAGAACGGACGUGUCAAUAGUUUGCAACGAGAAGCAUGGUACAUGGUAGCUGUGAUCUUAAAAUUGUGUGCUCAGAUCUUGAUUUGUUUGAAAUUGGAGGCCCCUCACUGGUCUCUGCCAGCCAAAGCGGUAUUGGCACCAUUCUGGCUGCUUCUUCCAGUAUUAGCGGUAGAUGUUUUUAUCCAUUUGAUACACCAAUCUAGAUAUUGACAAUGGAUGAACUUCAGCUUGUUUCAAGUUACUUAAAGAGAGCGUAUGCACUGUCAUGUUAAUAAAAAAAUUGUAUAUAAUUAUUAUAAUACUAUUAAUAUUAUUUGCUGUACAUAUUUAAAUACAUAAUGGUAAUGUGUACUUCUUAUCUUCGUGCUAUGUGUUCACUUGGCGCGAGACACUACUGUGUCUCUUGAUUUUUACAAAUUGUUUAAUUUAUAUUUUAUUAUUAUUAUACUAAUAAGCUAUUGCAUUUGUUCCACACAUAUAUGUUAAUUUGUUAUAUAAAAAUAUAUAAAUAUUUUGUAUACAUGUUUA